UUUACUCAGAGGAUGCCAGUCUGAGUUAUAUUACAACCCUGCAGAUUUUACAAGUUUAUUUUAUAUAAUCAUAUUUUUUGUAUUACUUUUUUAAAAAUAUUAUUGCUAUUAUUAUUGCUGCAAAAUUGCAUUGAGGAUUAUAAGAAUAAAGACAUUGGCAACGCAAAAUAUAACGCAAAACAUAAAUAUAAUCUGUUUUCUAUUCUUAUCAUUAUUAUUGUUAUUAUAUUUUAGGUUGUAAGAAGCAAAUAUAAUCGUAUUAUUACUGAUUAUAACUGAGAAUUAUACAUUAUAACAAAAUCAAUAGAAUUCAAAUAUUACUUAAGGAUUAUCAAGCUUUAAAUAAGAAAAAAAAAUCAUGCUUUGUUUAUUCACUUUGCUUAUUGGGAUUGCUCUGUUCUGUGAUGUAUCACGCAGCUCUGCAGAGGAACAUAUUUUCGCGGGCGUUGGGUCUCGAGUUUUAUUACCCUGUUUGAAAACUCCUCUGCCUCACGGAGUUAACAGAGGCACGACAGUCCACUGGUUCAAAAUAUUCAGCAAAAGUGCUGAGAGGUCGGUGUGGAGGAGUGAGAAGAGUGGUCUGGAAUUCUGGAGCAGCCUCACUAAUAAGCGGGCAAAAGCUCACCAGCCCCGCUUUCACAGUGGAGAUUUCUCUCUGGCUGUGGAGGACACCCGGAUGUCUGACGCGGGGCCAUACAGGUGUGCGGUCAGCUACGACAGAGAGAACUUCCAGAGGUUAAUUCACCUGCACGUCAUGCAAGUGUCUCCCGUCACUGCCGGCCCCUUCAUUGAGGGCUCGUCGCUGACCCUGCGGUUCAGUGCCUCUGACUGGCCACAGGGGGCGAGGGUGAGCUGGCUCCAGAAUGGCAUCGUGCUCCAGUCCUCUCGCAAGCAUCAGAUCAGAGAACGCAGCCUGGACAUCAAAGACCUUGACAGAGAGGACUCUGGGAAUUGGACAUGUCAAGUGUCAUACCAGGGGCGCACUGCCAGAGUUAGCUACACACUGGAAGUGCUGGGUAUUUCCAGUCCCCCCAGCAGUGGCAGCGUGGUGUACGGCAGCCUGGGGCUCCCAGCCACCCUGCCGUGUGUGUUCAGUGCUGGCCUGACUCCGUCCCACACGGGCUGGCAGUGGAGAGCAGACUCCUCCGUGGUGCCAGUGUCCCGCGCUGCUCCGAGCGGCCGUGACGCCUCCCUGCUCAUCCCCUCUGUGGAGUUCAGACACGGAGGGGUCUACACCUGCUCCGGCAGCGUCCACGGGAAGAGGAUUGAGAGGAGCGUCAGGCUCGUGGUGGCAUCAGUCUCAGUGAAGCCCAGUGGUUUGGUCUCGGAAGGGAAGUCAGUGUCUCUGACCUGCACUCUCAGUGACUAUUCACAAGUGGACAGGUUCGAGUGGACGAAAGUGACCGCAAACUCCAACCAGACUGACCCCACUGACCCCCCGAAGCAGGCUUCUCUGCUGACGAGUAAAGGGGCGAAGCUGGGGGGUCUGAAUUCUGACAGAACGUUCCUCAUCCCCAGAGUGAGUGAGCAGCACGCAGGGGAAUGGGUCUGCUCUCUAUACAGCAAGGAGAUCCUGGUGGGACAGAUCCCAUUCCAACUGCACGUCACAGGUCAGCUCCAAGGUUCUGCCCUGGCCCAGUCUUCCAACAAGGUUGCCGCGGUAACCCUCCUCUCCUUCCUGUUUGUGGUGCUGCUUCUAAUUGCGCUCCUAAUGUACCGUUACCAGAGAAAGCGAGCAAGGGGGAAUUUGCACUUCCCAGGGCUGGAAGCCAUUCGAACCGAGCAGUCAAAGAAAUCCAGAGAGGAGAAAAAGAGCGCAGAGGCGCUGAAAGAGGAUGAGCCGUGAUGAAUCAGACUGGAAUGAAACCGUGGAGAAAUUAAAAGAGCACCAGCCAAGAUUUAGAAUCCAUUUCCUUACCUUCUAUUAGCACCAGUAACAUUCUCACUUUCCCCCUCUUUCUUCUGUUGAAGAUCUUUUAGUUCUUUUCGCUUGCAUUUUUAUCCUUAAGUUUGGAACAUGCAGAUAUCUGAAAGAAAACGCUGUAGAUUGCUGCUGCUCCUAUCGUGUUGUAGUUCAGAAUCCCUCCAAUGGGCAAGCAGCAAUCAGAACAUGUGACCUAUA